UAUAUUGAGGAAUGAGACAGACUUGUUGUCUUCUUCUGCCUAAUUUUUACUCUGCCAAAAUUUGUUGUUUUGUAAUCUAUUUCAGAGACCAUACACAUUUAAAGUUGUUUCUUAUCCAUUUUUCGAUUUGAGAAGUGACAUAAAUUGCAAGUAAUUUGGAGGCAGAGCCCAGCAGGUAUUUAUAUAUGUAGUGUCAGCCGCUCACUGUUCAUUCAUAAAAAACGAUUAGCUGGUGUAUUUGAGACGCUUCAUUGCUGAAGGUGUAAACAUAUCAAUGCUUUCCACCCACUUCUUUUCAUUAGUUAGCUAUUAAAAGUGCACACGAAUGGAAAUUUCCCUUCAGUAGUGCUAAAAAGCAUCCUGGCUAACAGAUGUAAAAUGUAGCCAGCCCUGCGAGUGUGUCUUCAAACGUCAUAGCAGUAAAGUAGGCUUAUUAUUUUUAAAGGAAGGGUUAACUAAUCGCUCUGAAAGGUUCGUGGUCCGGCCCCGAUGUGAAUCAAUGGGACGUGACCUAUAGCCGAAGACUAAUUCAUUCAACAUUCCCCCACCCUGAUGAUUAUAAAUAUCGAGGACGGACUUCACAGUCUUCACUCUUGAUCUUGCCUCUGAGACUCAACAGUUGAAGAGAACCUCUGACACUAUGAAAGUAAGUCCACAUUCAUGCUUUCACUGACUAGACAGAAUAAAAAAAGAGAGAAGCUGAUGUGACUACCAGGAAUUUAGUCAUUUUGAUAUUAAAAAUCUUGUAUUGAUACUUUUGUGCAUAAUGUAAUUAACAAUGAAGAGCAAAGAGACUAAUAUACAGUGUUAUAAAAGGCUGAUUGCAAUGCUCUUGCACAUGGGAAAUGAUAUAUUUUAACAUGACUUCACCUUUUCAGGAUUUAAGGACUCUUGCGGCUUAUGCACUUGUGCUGUUACUUCUGGCAACAUUUGUGUCCCAUUCCUGGUGUGCGCCCAAGGGCAGUUUUCAGCGUCGGAAUUGGACGCCUCAAGCCAUGUUAUAUCUGAAGGGCACACAAGGACGGCGCUUUGUGUCAGAAGACAGAAAUGAAGGGGACUUGUAUGACACGAUACGCUUAGAGUCACGCAGCCAAAACACAGAAAACCUGAGCAUCUCUAAAGCGGCUGCAUUUCUCUUAAAUGUUCUCCAGCAAGCCAGAGACGAGGGUGAGCCUUACUGAAACCUGCUAAAAGAGCGCCAACAACUCACUCUUUCAUCUUCCAGUUUUGUGAGCCAUGUGGAAUUUCAUGUUUUCGAGUUUUCAUCCUCUGCUACAGUGAUGCCCGCGUUUGACAUCUCUGAAGGUUCAUCACUUACUGGUCAACACUAUUACAGUCAGAUUUGAGUAAUGUAGAGUUAUGUGUGUCUCCAGAUUGUCUGUAUGAUUCCACUUGGACUGAUCAUUUAAAUAACAAGGACUGAUAGUAAAGUAUUUUUAUUUCUUUAUUUCUUUCAGGGGAAAUAAUGGG